UUGUAGUAAAUCAUUCAGUCUUAAUAUCAACGUUGAUAAAGCAACUUAAUUAUCCUUAGAAAAAAUUACAAAUUAUCAAAAAACCUAAAAUGGCAUUCAAAUUGUUCGUUGUUUUGUCAGCAAUCUUCGCUGUUUCACUCGCUACAAUCUCUGGAGAUUACGGUUCAGUCGGAGUCCAAACUGAUCAAACCAUCAGAGGAGCAUUGAACACAAUCUCAUCAUACAGCAAGGCUGUCAACACUGCUCACUCACAAUCAUUCGUAUCAAGAAGCGAUUACACAAACAACCCAGGCAUCAUCGCUCACCCACUUGCCUCAGUAGUUGCUGCCCCAGUUGCCGCUGUUGCCCACGCUCCAUACCCAUAUGCUGCCGGUCCUUAUGCUGCCCCAUACGCAGCUCCAUUAGCCUACAAAGCUGCCGGUCCAGUCUUAUAUCACUAAACUCUACAAUCACAUCCAUCAGUAGAAAGUGAAAUGUAAUC